UGCAGUAUGAGCCUCAUCCUGCAGUAUGCAGUGCGAAAAGCUGUUCGGCUCUUCUGCGAGGGCAGCGCUUGCUACUAUGAUCGCUCAGGUCUUCUCCUUCCGAACAUUUUUUGCGAAUCAAGCCAGAAGCUGAAGCCUGCAAGCUGCAGCAGAAAGCACUUGCAGCGCCUUCGAUUUGUGAAAAAGAAGACUGCUGAGCUGUGGAUUUGUCGGUCUGCGCAACAAUGGACUCAGGUUCUUGACGUAAUUGCGAGCUUCAUUAGGGGCUGCCGCUCUGAUGCUCUCAUAAUCCGCUUGAAAAAGAAAAAGGGGACUGAUCUUCGGUGCUGGCCCUUUGACAGACUCAAAAAUUUGAACGCGUCUUUUUCUCACACUCUGUUUGUACGCGCGGUCAAUUGAGGUUUUUCAAAAAGACGGUCUGCCAGUACAGUAAAGCUGUGGCAAGUCUAAGCAGAAACGUUGCAAUGUCCAGCGGUUCUCCUCUCAUCAGAAAAGGUUACGUGGACACCGCCAAAGGGCAGGUGCAUUACAGGAGGGCAGGCACAGAUGGGGCGACCCCGCUCAUCCUGCUGCAUCAGUCGCCAGAGUCGGGGGCCAUGUUUGAUGCAGUGCUCCCUGGGUUUGCGGAGAAGGGUUACCUAGCCAUCGCCCUCGACCUUCCCGGACACGGCCUCUCGUACCGUCCGGAGGAGGAACCGGACCUGGCGGCGCUGUCCGAAGGAACGCUAGAGGCGGUAAAAGCGCUCCGGCUGGGAGAGGCGGUGGACUACGUUGGACACCACACAGGCGCCGGAGUGGCCCUCUGGAUCGCCGCCACGCACCCUUCCAGCGUUCGCCGGCUGGCGCUCUGGGGGAUCCCCCUCCUGAACGAGGAAUGGCAGAAAAAGCUUGCUGACGAAGCACCGCCAACGUACAGCGACGACGGGAGCGAACUCGCGCAGCAGUGGACGCUCCUCUGUGAACAUUAUCCGGGGAUGAACUUCGGGCGCAAGGUUGAUUUCCUGGUGGGCGCGCUCCAGACCAAAGAGACGAAAGCGUGGGCGCACCGCGCGAUUGGGCGGGCGGACGUCAGGAGCCUGAUCGAACAGGUCAAGCAGCCGGUGCUAGCGAUUGCGAGCGAUAAGGAGAUACUCGGGGAGGCCACCCGCGAGUCCGUUCCGCUGUUCCGGGACGCCGUUUACCAUGACAUUCCGGGCGCGGACCUGGAUGUAGCCGACACGCACGGCCUGGAGUUUAUCACAGCCGUUCACGCGUUUUGUCAAGAGGUUAAAAUAGUCCAAAGUGUGAUACGCUCGUAAUCUAAUUAUUGAGAUUUGUGUAGCCUUGCUCAGAAUCUCUGCUCGGGGCUGGCAACGCCGGACGAGAUAUAGGGUGAGGGCGAGCAGGAGUUGAGCGAUUGUUGAACGUAGAUCUCGACGUGUGUAACUCAAGUUAGUCAUCCCGGCCUUGAAUGUGAGUGAUUGAGAACGGAACACUCCCCUUUUGAAGGGCACGUUUUGGCACCACCGACUUUGUGUUCUGUGACAGGUAGGGAGGAUGUUGGAUCGUAAAACGGGAGCACCUUAGGAUGUGGGUUGAUGAGUUAGUGUGCAAUUAGUGGAUCUCCGAUCGCACACGCGAGACACAGACGAACGCCUCCAAAAAAGCACGGCCGGGAGCGCGGGCCCGCGACCUUCAUGCGCAGCUAGCAAGCGAAAGUCACAUGCAGGUCAUCAGACGUUUUUCUCUGGGCUUAUAACAGCAAAAACUGUUCGGCAGCUUGGCCGCAGCGCAUGUCUUGUAUCAAAAUUAUACCAGGCUUCCAGCGACGAAUUGUACGACAAUGGACGCCCGACCUUUCCCGAU